AUGAGUGUAAGGGGAGUCGGAAGGGUUUUAAGGCUUCGGCCUACCCGGGCUAGCGCUUUGUUACAGCAAUCACGAUGCUUCUCGAGUUCUGGUGUGCGGCCUCAAGACCAGAAGGCCGGAGAGCCGACAACGCACUUUGGAUUUCAAAAUGUCGCAGAGUCAAUGAAGGAGUCGAAAGUUCGAGAUGUCUUCAAUUCUGUCGCAAAAAACUACGAUACAAUGAACGACGUCAUGUCCUUCGGAAUCCAUAGGAUAUGGAAGGAUCAAUUCGUCCAGCAAUUAAAUCCAGGAAAGAAGAGCAUCUUCUCCGAGCCUAUGACUAUUCUAGACCUUGCCGGUGGCACGGGAGAUAUUGCUUUUAGGAUGCUGGACCAUGCUAGGACAGUUAACGGGGACCCGGAGACGAAGGUCAAGGUCGUGGAUAUUAAUGAGGAAAUGCUAAAGGAGGGGGUGAGGAGAGCACAUACGCUAGGGUAUAGAACUGAGGGGGAAGACGCUCCGAUAUCUUUUCUUGUGCAGAAUGGUGAAACAUUGGAAGCGAUUCCGGAUAAUUCGAUAGACCUUCUAACGAUUGCGUUUGGUAUCCGGAAUUUCACGAACAAAGAGAAAGCACUAUCAACAGCCCACCGAGUCCUCAAAAAAGGCGGCGUCUUCUCCUGCCUCGAAUUCUCCAAGGUCGACAACUUUGUUUUAGAUCAGAUAUAUCGUCGUUACAGCUUCAGCGUGAUCCCGAUGAUGGGUCAGUUGAUCGCUGGUGAUCGAGAUAGUUAUCAGUACUUGGUUGAGAGUAUCAUAAAGUUCCCGAGUCAAAAGGACUUUGCGGGUAUGAUUCGCGAUGCUGGAUUUCAGCUUGCUGGGAAGGGAUGGCAGGAUCUCACUUUUGGGGUUGCCGCCAUUCACACUGGUGUUAAGCUGUGA